GGCAACUUCAGCAGUCAGCACGAGAACAAAGGUAGCAAAGCACCGGGCAGCUUUCCCUUUACGCUUCCCAGUUCCCACUCCACUCAUCCUCACGCGCCGCCGCCAACCGGCGAGCAAACCGAACGAACCAGCAAUGCCGGCGGCCGAUCCCCCCGUCACUGACGCGGUCCCCGAUGAAGAUGCGGCUCCCCGACCAUCUCCACCUCCGCCGCCGCCGCGGCCCCGGCCCCUCUCCCUCGCCUCCGCGCUCCCAUUCUGGUUCUACUUCGCCGCCGCCGUCUCCCUCCUCGCGCUCCUCCUCCCCCACCUCCUGCCUCCCUCCUCUCCCGCGCCUCUCCCGCCUCUCCUCCUUGGACACCUCGCCGCAGGCCGCUUCCUCAAGCUCGAUCCAGCCCCCGGCCUGUUCGCCGUGACCUCCCGCCCCACGGCCGCCGCCGGCGACUCCCCCGCGCACCGCGUCCUCGUCCUCCCUGGCCUCGCCGCGGGCUCCUUGUCCUUCCGCCGCGUCCUCUCGUCGCUCUCCUCCCGCGGCGUCCACGCCGCGGCGCUCGACCUCCCAGGCCAGGGCCUCUCCCCGGCGUCGCCCGCCGCGACCGCGCCCGCCCGGACCAGCGCGCUGCGGGAGAUCAUGAACCGAGGCGUGUUCCACGCCUUCGAGCAUCUCGUGCAGACCGGCGAGGUCCCGUACCAGGAGGAGGAACCAGCCGCCUCGGCGGCGCGGUCUCCGCACGCGCCCGACGAGGCGGCCGCGGCCGUCGCGCGCGCCGCGGAGGCGCUCGGCGUGGGCCCCGUCCACCUCGUCCUCCACGACUCCGCGCUCGCGGCCGGGGCCGCGUUCGCGUCUGCCAACCCGGGGGCCGUGCGGAGCGUGACGCUGGUCGACGCCACCGCGUCCCUGCCGGCGUUCCCGGCCGCGGUCUUCGACGUGCCCGUGCUGGGGAGGCUGGUGCUCCGGGUGCCGGCGCUGUUCCGCGGCCUGGUGCGGCUGUGCUGCGUCCGGGGGGUCGGCGCCGAGGAGGCAGAGGCGUACCGAGCAGCGAUGCGUGGGGAGGGGAAGGCAGAGGCGGUGGUCGAGGCAUGGAAGUCGAUGAACCACAGCUUCCAGCUUGGGGAGUGGAGGGUCUCUUCGGAGGAGGUGAGGAGGCUGCCGAUGCUGGUGCUGUGGUCGGGUUCUUGGUCAGAUAUGUGGAUCGACGAGGGGAAGAAAGUGGCGGCUGCAUUGCCUGACGCCAAAUUCAUCUACCACUCCGGCGGCCGAUGGCCUCAGGUCGAUGCCUUUGAGGAAAUUUCAGGGGUGAUCACCGAGUUUGUAACCUCAGCUGAGGAAGCUGGAAGCAGCAGGUGGUGACGUUGAGUAGGAUAUAUACACUCCUUCGAGGAUCGUUGAGCAAAUGUAACCUGGAGCAGUUUUCAGACCUUUUAGUUGGUGGGUGCAGUGACAAGUGCAACUUGAGAUUUUUUGUUCCUGGAGAGUUUCUGCUUGCAGCGUCUGUACCGAGUUCUGACUUUACACUAGCGUGUUUUUUUUAACUUUAAUUUGUUGCUAAAUGGUGUACUUGUUGUCUUGCUUCAGUUUGUAAAACGUGUGUCACUGACUCAUGCUAGUGUAGUAGCAUGUACUCAGUUUAGCGUCGUUUUGAGGUAGCGUGUUCUGAGUAAUCACUUGUUCUGAGUAA